AUGCUGUCCCUGCUGCUGCUGUCCCUGCUGUGUGGGGAGUCCCUGCAGGAGAAGCCAGGAUACAAUCUACAGCUGCCGAAGGUGGUGACAGUGCAGGAAGGCCUGUGUGUCAUUGUUCCCUGCAGAUUCUAUUACCCUGAGGAAUCCAGUUUUGCUUCUGACCCACUCUACAUCUACUGGUUUCGCCAAGGGGACAGUCUACGCUAUGAUGAUCUAGUGUUCACAAAUGAGCCGUAUCGAGAAGUGAAUGCAGACACACAGGGCCGAUUCCACCUCCUUGGGAAUCUCAAGUCCAACAACUGUUCCCUGGGCAUUACAGAUGCCAGGAAGAGAGACGCAAGGACCUACUUGUUCCGAGUGGAGAGAGGAUGGAAUGUAAAGUACAACUAUCGAGACACGAAGCUGAACUUGUGGGUGACAGAUCUGACACAGAAACCUGACAUACACACUUUGGAACCUCUGACAUCUGGUCGCCCCACUAACCUGACCUGUAGCCUACCAGGAUCCUGUGAGGAGGAAAAACUUCUCACUUUCUCCUGGAAAGGGGACGCCCUGAGUGCACUGGACUCUCAAGUCCUGAAGUCCUCCGUGCUCACCUUCACCCCAAGACCGCGAGAUCACGGCACCAACCUCACGUGUCGGGUCAAGCACCGAUCAUCUCAGGUGACCACAGAGAGGACCGUUGGGCUCAAUGUCUCCUAUACUCCACAGAAUCUCUCGGUCCUCAUCUUCCUCCAAAAUGACACAGCCUUCAACGUCACAGCGAAUGUCUCAUCCCUUACCAUCCUAGAAGGCCUGUCCCUGCGUCUUGUGUGUGUUGUUGAUAGCAACCCCCCUGCAGUGUUGAGCUGGUCCCAUGGCUCGCUCGCCCUGAAUACCUCCCUCAACAUGAACGCUGUGGACCUGAAGCUGCCUCAAGUAAGGAUUGAGAAUGAAGGAGAGUUCGCCUGCAGAGCUCAGAACCCACUAGGCUCCCAAAAUAUCUCCCUGAACCUCUCUGUGCUUUAUCCUCUACAACUACUGGGGCCCUCCUGCUCCUGGGAGAGCAAGGGUCUGUUCUGUAGCUGCUCUGCCCAAGCCUGGCCAGCUGCUUCCCUGCACUGGUGGAUUGGGGAUGAGCUGGUGGAGGAGAACAGUAGUAAUGUCUCCUUCUCAGUCAUCUCCAGCUCUACUGGGCACUCGACCAACAGCUCCUUGAGACUCAGCCUGAAUCUCAUCUCUGUCCUCAGACUCCGCUGUGAGGCCUGGAAUGAUCAUGGGAAGCAGAAUAGCACUGUCCUUGUCCUGCCAGGAAAAACAGCAUCCAGGGCAGAAAUCAUUCUGGCGGGCCUUGGAGGUGCUGGCGCCAUGGCCUUGUUCUCCCUGUUUCUGUGCCUCACCUUCCUUUGCAUCGUGAAAGCCCGCAGGAAGCAGACGUCAGGGACAGCAGAGGGCAUGGGUGAUGAAGACCCCAUCAUGGGCACCGUCUCCUGGAGUUGCAGACAGAAGCCCUUGCCAGAAGAACCCCCCGACCACGGGACUCCUUCUGGGGACACUCCUCCCUUGAGGGGGGAGCAGGAGCUCCAUUACGCCUCCCUCAGCUUUCAGGGAAUGAAGCCACAAGAGUCUAAAGACCAGGGGGCCAGCAGCACCACAGAGUACUCAGAGAUCAAGAAGAGCAAGUGA